AUGGCGACUAUAGCAUCAAAGAGGAAAUCCAGAGCGGGACACAGAGCCUUCGUGACGAGGUUUAUGGCUGAGGGGUGCGAGGAAAAGAGUGCGGUCGAAGUACUGAGAGACCGGCUACAGAUCCUCAAGACCCUCGACGAUGAAGUGCUUGAGUUGAUGUCCAGAGAUGACGUAUUCACCGAAGAAGAUGUAGAAGAAGAGACGGUGAACGCAGGAAAGAUAGAAACGACAAUAAGAGAAAAGAUAUUGGCGCUCGAGGCAGCCGAAGAGACGAGCCGCCGAAACAGCGUAGCAAGUGAGAUUGAGAGUGAAGCCGCCGCGAGCAGUGCGCAAGACCAAGAGACAAGAGCCCGAUUGCCUAAGCUGAGGCUAAAGAACUUUGCUGGGAGUGUCGGUGAGUGGCAGGAGUUUUGGGAUGGAUUCGAGAGUAGUAUCCAUUCCAAUCCUCGCCUGGCCACCGUCGAUAAGUUCAAUUAUUUGAGAAGUCUGCUCGUGGGACCGGCGCGGGGAGCGGUGGCAGGAUUCGCCCUGACGGCGGCAAAUUACCAGUCGGCUAUCGAUCUCCUGAAGAGGCGAUACGGCCAAACAGAAAAGAUAAAGAGGGCACACAUAAAUGAGAUAAUGAAGGUGCGGGGAGUCACGAGCGAGAAAGACGCGGCUGGUCUUCGCCGAUUUUACGACGUGGUGGAGACCAAGCACCGAGGGCUGCAGGCGCUGGGAGUGGAGGCGGCCCAGUAUGAAAGCAUACUAGUGCCGGCCUUGUUAGAAAAAAUCCCAGAGGCGGUGCGGCUCUCGAUAACGAGAGGAAAGAGCCACGAGAACUGGGUGAUGGAAGAGAUGCUAGCGGAGCUACUCGAGGAGGUCGAGCUACGAGAGCGAUGCCAGCCAGACGAGAGACCCGCACCCCAAGAGCAGAACCGAGGGAGGCAAGGCCCAAACUCUGCGAGCGCCUUGGCGACGGCAGGGACCAGAAAAAGAUGCGCCUUCUGCCUCGGGGAACAUCGAGAGGACGAAUGCUCCAAAAACGGCAGAACCAUUCGAGGGGCAAGGGAUGAGCCGGUUGCUAUUCAGACAACACUGGGCUGGGUUUUGUCGGGUCCCCUGCAAGGAGAUGAAGGAGGUGUCAGCAAUGUUAAUUUGAUCGGUUGUGAUUUGUCGAGUUCGAAUGUUGAAAGUGAGGUUGUAAAAUUGUGGGACUACGAGACUUUGGGUAUUCGCGAAGAGAAUGAAGUUCACGAAUCAUUGAAAGACGGAAUUGUUUUUACGGGUGAGCGGUAUCGAGUAAAAUUGCCUUGGAAGGAAGGCAUAGAGUGUUUACCGAGUAAUUACGGUAAUAGUGUCACGCGAUUAAGAGGUCAAUUGGCCAGGCUUCAAAAGGAGCCAGAUAUUCGUGCCGAAUAUGAUGCGAUCAUAAAGCAACAAGUCGAGUCAGGAAUAAUAGAGAGAGUUUACGAGCUCGAGAGCGCGAAUAAGGUCCAUUAUUUGCCGCAUCAUGCUGUAGUUCGCAAGGAAGCAAAAACUACUAAAGUGAGAAUUGUGUAUGACGCGUCAUCGAAAGAGCGAAAGAGAGGCGUUUGUUUAAACGAUUGUUUGCACGUAGGACCUGCUUUGACUCCGCUAUUAUAUGAAAUUCUAAUCCGUUUUCGCCAAAGAAAGAUCGCGCUUGUCGGCGACAUUGAAAAGGCGUUUCUCAAUAUCGAAGUAGAUGAAGCCGACAGAGAUUGUUUGAGAUUUCUUUGGGUAAAUGACGUUGAGGCAAAAGAAGCCGCGCCAAUAAUUUACCGAUUUUGCCGAGUUGUUUUUGGAGUAAAUUGUUCGCCUUUUCUGUUGAAUGCCACUUUGCGUUAUCAUUUAGAAAGUUUUGCCAAGGAAGAGCCGGAAUUCGUGCGAGUAAUGAAGGAUAGUUUUUACGUUGAUGAUUUGGUGACAGGCGCAGAGUCGGCAGAUAAGGCACUUGAGUUAUUUGAGAAAGCACGUGCGCGGAUGGCGACAGGGGGGUUUAAACUGCGGAAGUGGCUAAGCAAUGACGAGAAAGUGACAGCGGAAAUACGAGAGCGUGAGAAUGACGUGACGUUGUGUGACAGAGAGACCAACGUGACAGUUCGUGACAGUGUAGACACUGAUAGUGACGAAGCGACGUACGCAAAGGCGAUGCUUGGAGUUAAGGAUGAAAUGUCGGUUGUAGACAAGGUACUAGGGCACGAGUGGAAUUGUAAGAAUGACGAGUUUAGGUUCGACUUAGAGAGGCUUGCGGAUAAGGCCGCAGGUGUGAAUGUGACAAAGCGGAACACCUUGAAAGUGAUGGCGAGUAUGUAUGAUCCAUUGGGUAUUGUUAGUCCCAUCAUGGUAAGUAUGAAAGUGCUUUUUCAGGAAUUGUGUGUCGAGAAGUUAGAUUGGGACGAAGAGUUGACUGGAGAAAGGAAGAAGCGUUGGUUAAGUUGGUUGGAUGAUUUGAAACGCGUGAAGGAAGUUAGAAUAGCGCGUUGUGUGUAUGGCGUGAGUGGAGCGGAAGUGACGUAUUCGCUUCAUGGGUUUGGUGACGCCAGUAAGAAGGCUUACUGCGCGGUGAUUUAUUGCGUUACCGAGUUGUAUGGGGCCUAUCACGUUGAACUGCUUACAUCCAAAACACGAGUUGCUCCGUUGAAGGAACAGACAAUACCGCGCCUAGAGUUGAUGUCCGGGAGAGUGUUGGCGCAGUUAAUGGCGACGGUGGUGAAUGCGAUUAGUGGUGAGGUUGAGCUGAGUGGGAGACGUUGUUGGCUUGACAGUAAAACUGCGCUGUGCUGGAUAAAUAAUCAGGGCGAAUGGAAGCAGUUUGUGAAACAGAGAGUGAAUGAGAUUCUUAGGCUGACGACCAAGGCGGACUGGGGCCAUUGUCCAGGGAUAGAGAACCCUGCUGAUAUCGGUUCGCGCGGUGCGUUGGCAUCAGAACUGGUGAAUAAUCAGCUGUGGAGCAAGGGCCCACAGUGGUUGGCUAGACCAGAGAGUGAGUGGCCGGUGACUGAAGAGAUUGUAGAGACAACGGAGAGUUGUGCUGAAGAGUGCAAGCGAGUGACAGUCGCGCUUACUAACGUGACGAAACAGAGUGUUGCGAGUGUGGUAGACAUAGAGCGCUACAGUAGUUUGACCCGACUUUUACGAGUGACAGCGUGGGUAGGACGAUUUGUGAACAACCUUAGGUUAGGACUGAAGGGUGAGACUAUUGUGACUGGAGCGCUGACAAUUGACGAGUUGACGAGUGCCGAGUUACUGUGGGUGAAGGCUGCUCAGAGUGAAUUGAGAUCGGCAAAACACUACAAGGAUUUGGUAAAAGAUCUUGGAGUCCAGGAGUGUGAUGGGGUUCUUAGGUGCGCAGGGAGGCUCGGGAACUCCCAACUAGAGAACGAUACAAAGAAUCCGAUUCUUUUGCCCAGGGGUCAUAAGUUCACUAGGCUUGUCAUGGAUAGUUGUCAUGCGAGAGUUUGUCAUAGCGGUGUUCGAGCUACCUUGGCAGAACUCAGAGCGCGAUUUUGGGUGCCUAAGGGAAGGCAGGCGGUAAAGAAGAGUGUUAGUGAGUGUGUGGUGUGCAAACGGGUUCAAGGGAGGCCGUACGACAAACCUCCGAUAGCUGCGUUACCUGAGUUUCGGGUUUCGGAAGCACCGCCGUUUUCUAAGACGGGCGUAGAUUUUGCGGGACCAGUGUACAUCAAAAGCCACGAGGGCAUGAAGAAGAUGUAUAUUGCCUUGUUUACGUGUUCGGUUACGCGAGCGUUACAUUUAGAGCUGACGGAAGAUUUAUCGACUAGAUCGUUUUUGAAUUGUUUACGUAGAUUUUGUGCAAGACGCGGGACGCCCGCAUUGAUAGUUUCAGAUAACGCAAAGACAUUCAAAUCCGCAGCAAAGUUUUUGAAUGAAUUGUACGAUCAACCGGAUAUUAGAACGUAUUGUGAGGAGAAUCGAAUCCAGUGGAAGUUCAAUCUCGAGAGAGCUCCCUGGUGGGGAGGUUUCUUUGAGAGAAUGGUUGGAACAGUGAAGCGUUGUUUGAAGAAGGUGUUGGGCAAUGCAAGGUUGAAUUGUGACGAGAUGCAGACGACCUUGGUAGAGUUGGAAGGGACUUUGAAUUCGCGGCCAUUGACGUAUGAAUAUGAUGAGGUCGGUGCAGAGAUGCUGACACCGUCGCAUUUGUUGUUCGGACGGAGAUUGUUAAAUUUGCCUGACGAGUUACGAGAUGACGAGGACGAGGAAGUGAAUGGGAUGAUGAAAAGGUUCAGGUACCUAGCGAAGAAACGGAGACAUUUCUGGAACAGGUGGUUCAAGGAAUACCUGGUAGAUUUGCGCGAGCAGCAUAAGGUUGUGAAUAGUGGACGUAAGGUUGCAGAGGUCGGUGAUGUUGUGUUGUUGUUUGAUGAGACAUUGAAGCGAAGUGAGUGGAAGAUGGCCGUUGUAGAGGAGUUGAUUCAAGGCCCGGACGGGCAGGUUAGAGGUGCUGUAAUCAGAGUGUUGUCCCGGGGGAAGCCCAUUAGGAUGAAGCGACCAGUUCAACGCUUGUACCCCUUAGAAGUGAAAUGUGCCGAGGGUGCGGGGGUAAGCAAAACUGUGGAGGGAAUAGAGGUUCCUAACGAAAGGCCUAAACGCGCUGCAGCGUUAGACGCGCAGUGGCGAACUCGUUCGAUGAUUGACUCGUAG